UGUCCUCGCAAAAGUGGAAAGAGGCCAGGCCUUGUCUUAUAGACAAAAUGUUAUCUACUCUGGAUCCACAGUCACACCGUGUGUGUCAGUGUGGCAAACAAGUAGUUGUGAGGUGUCUGGACUGCCUGCCUCUUCCAUUCCUUUGUGCUGACUGUGAUAUUGCAGUUCACACACGCUUUGUCCUGCACAACAGAGAGGCAGUAACAGGAGGGUUUUUGCAGCCUUCAUCAGAGUUUCACAAGCCAAUAGUUCGGCUGUUGCCUGUCAAAGGCCAGACCAUGUGUGUGACUGCCCAGCAGGUAACGUUGAGGUUUCACCCGGCUCAAUUGUGGCUCUUGUAACCAUAAAUGGCCGUUAUAACCUUGCACUGCCAGUGGUGAGAUGCACCAGCUGUGGCCUAAUGUGGUCCCCCUCAGUUAAGGACAUCCUGGGUAGUGGAUAUUGGCCUGGCACCUUAAAUUUCUGCACCCUGUUUUCAAUGGAUGUCUUUCAGUCUUUCUAUGACAUUAAGAAGGCUGCACCAGGGAUGUCACUUAAGGCAUUUGUCAAAAUGCUGGAUGAACGAACAGCCCAUUUUGGAAGGACUGGCCGAAUAUCAGCUGAUGCCUUCAGUAGAAGUUUCUUGGAGUGGAGUGCUGUAAAGUUUGAUGUGGACAGGAUGUGCAAGGAGCCAUGCCUGCACUCCAGACGUGCUUGCCGUCUCAGUUGAUGGAAACCGUAAGCUUUAUCGCUUUCAAUCUAAUGCAAGCACUUCAGAGCAGGGGAACUUUGAAGGUGUCUUCAUUGAAAAAGAUGAGGACGUUGCUGAGUUUGUGAAAUACAUCCAGAGACACACAAAUCAUGUCCCGGGGAAAGGGUUGUGCGGAUCUUCAUCUUGGACUGCAGCAAAGGAGUCGUCCAAAAAGUCCACUGGGAAGUUGGAUGAAGAGGGCAUGGAAAUAGCUGUUUGUCGCCACGGAGUCCUCUUAGCUGCAUUGAACAUGUUUCGAGGGGAGAUCUUUGCUUACCCCCUUUUUCUCCAGAGGAAGUUGGCAGCUAACGUCCCAGGACAUAUUACGUUCCUUUGCUCCGAUGUGGCCUGUAAAUAUUUCCCAUAUUUAACCAAGGUGGCUCAGCAGUGCCCUGAGCUGAGGAACCUCUUGUCAAUGCGUCCUUUUCUCUCCGUCAUGCAUGCAAAGGCUCACACUUGGAAAUGCGAGAUCAAAUGGGGAGGUGCGUUUCAGGAUGGGGCCGGUUCAACAGUUGGAGAAGAGGUGGAACAAGUAAACAGUUUCCUGUCUAGGGCGGCCAUCACAACGAAGUACAUGUCUAAAGCAGGGCGAACAGACAUGCUGACCCUCCUGGCUUUGGGUUGGAACAAAAGGAAAGUGGAACAACUGGGCCGCACUUUGAGCCAGAGAUACCUCAAGAUCAUAAGGAUCCUUAGAGAACAAGUGGAGAGCCUGAAUGCGACCAAAAAUGAGCUGGGUGUGGAUGACGACACACUGCAGCAAUGGGUGGCUGAUGUGCAGAAAUGGGCUGAAGAAACUGAUCAAACUGAUGGCAGCCUUGGAACGUUGCAGGCACGAAUAGAGGAGCUUGUCGUCAUCAUCAGAGUGCGAACACAAAGUCUUUACAGACAAAAUGCCUCCCUUGUUGGCAUGUCGGAGGAUGCACAGAAGGGACUCCAUAGCCUGGUUUUAAAAAAACAAAGUGAACUGAAAGCUGAAAUGUUAAAAGUAAAGGACAUGUACAAGAGAAUCCUCAGCCACCAACCACUCCUGGAAAUGGACUCGGAGGAGGAGGAAGACAUUCCAGAUGAUGCCACUGAGAGUGAUUUGAGCACUUCUGAUGAAGACUGA